AGGCAGGAGAGCAAGUUCCUCACCAGAUGUGCCUGCAGCUGGGAGGGGCGCCCCACAGCUCAGCGCCCUCAUCCUCUCUCCUUAGGUGUGCUUCAGUCUCCAGUUGACUCUCCCGGAGCAGAGCUGCGGCUCCUCUCUUCUGGACUCUGCCUCUGCCUGAAAGACCCACCAUGGGGAAACCCGCCAGGAAAAAGGCAAGCUCGCUGCUGCUGGUGCUGGCCACAGUGGCCCUGGUCUCCUCUCCAGGAUGGAGUUUUGCCCAGGGAACCCCAGCUACCUUUGGACCCAUCUUCGAAGAGCAACCCGUUGGCCUGCUAUUCCCAGAGGAGUCUGCAGAGGAUCAGGUGACACUGGCGUGCCGCGCCCGUGCUAGCCCUCCAGCCACCUACAGGUGGAAGAUGAAUGGCACGGAUAUGAACCUGGAACCUGGCUCCCGUCACCAGCUGAUGGGGGGCAACCUGGUCAUCAUGAGCCCCACCAAGACACAGGAUGCUGGUGUCUACCAGUGCCUAGCCUCCAACCCAGUAGGCACUGUGGUCAGCAAGGAGGCUGUCCUCCGCUUCGGCUUUCUACAGGAAUUCUCCAAGGAGGAGAGAGACCCCGUGAAAACUCAUGAGGGCUGGGGGGUGAUGCUGCCCUGUAACCCGCCUGCCCAUUACCCAGGUUUGUCCUACCGCUGGCUCCUCAACGAGUUCCCCAACUUCAUCCCAACGGAUGGGCGGCACUUCGUGUCCCAGACCACAGGAAACCUGUACAUCGCCCGGACCAAUGCCUCAGACCUGGGCAACUACUCUUGUCUGGCUACCAGCCACAUGGACUUCUCCACCAAGAGUGUCUUCAGCAAAUUCGCGCAGCUCAACCUGGCUGCGGAAGAUCCCCGACUCUUCGCUCCCAGUAUCAAAGCCCGGUUCCCCCCGGAGACCUACGCACUGGUUGGGCAGCAAGUCACCCUGGAGUGCUUUGCCUUUGGGAAUCCCGUUCCCCGGAUCAAGUGGCGCAAAGUGGAUGGUUCCUUGUCCCCUCAGUGGGCCACAGCUGAACCCACCCUGCAGAUCCCCAGCGUGAGCUUUGAAGACGAGGGUACCUAUGAAUGUGAGGCAGAGAAUUCCAAGGGUCGUGACACCGUCCAGGGACGCAUCAUCGUGCAAGCUCAGCCUGAGUGGCUAAAGGUGAUCUCAGACACAGAGGCCGACAUUGGCUCCAACUUACGUUGGGGCUGUGCAGCAGCAGGCAAACCCCGGCCCAUGGUGCGCUGGCUGAGAAACGGGGAACCUCUGGCCUCCCAGAACCGGGUGGAGGUCUCGGCUGGGGACCUGCGAUUCUCUAAGCUGAGCCUGGAGGACUCUGGCAUGUACCAGUGUGUGGCUGAAAACAAGCAUGGCACCAUCUAUGCCAGUGCUGAGCUGGCUGUACAAGCUCUGGCCCCAGACUUCAGGCAGAACCCUGUGAGACGGCUGAUCCCUGCAGCUCGAGGCGGAGAGAUCAGCAUCCUGUGCCAGCCUCGCGCAGCUCCAAAAGCUACAAUACUUUGGAGCAAGGGUACUGAGAUUUUGGGGAACAGUACCAGAGUGACUGUCACUUCCGAUGGCACCUUGAUCAUCAGAAACAUCAGCCGAUCGGAUGAAGGCAAAUAUACCUGCUUUGCUGAGAACUUCAUGGGCAAAGCCAACAGUACCGGGAUCCUGUCCGUGCGAGAUGCAACCAAGAUCACUCUGGCUCCCUCCAGUGCUGACAUCAACGUGGGUGACAACCUGACCCUACAGUGUCAUGCCUCGCACGACCCCACUAUGGACCUCACGUUCACCUGGACCCUGGAUGAUUUCCCUAUUGACUUCGAUAAGCCUGGAGGUCACUACCGGAGAGCCAGUGCGAAGGAGACCAUUGGGGACCUGACUAUCCUCAACGCCCAGCUACGCCAUGGAGGGAAGUACGCAUGCAUGGCCCAGACUGUGGUAGAUGGUACAUCCAAGGAGGCCACAGUCCUGGUCCGAGGUCCCCCAGGUCCCCCAGGGGGUGUGGUGGUGAGAGACAUCGGAGACACGACCGUUCAGCUGAGCUGGAGUCGUGGCUUUGACAACCACAGCCCCAUUGCCAAGUACACGCUGCAAGCUCGUACUCCACCCUCGGGGAAAUGGAAGCAGGUUCGGACCAAUCCUGUGAAUAUCGAGGGUAAUGCCGAGACUGCCCAGGUGCUGGGUCUCAUGCCUUGGAUGGACUAUGAGUUUCGGGUUUCAGCUAGCAACAUCUUGGGCACUGGGGAGCCCAGCGGGCCUUCCAGCAAAAUCCGCACCAAGGAAGCAGUCCCCUCAGUGGCACCAUCGGGACUCAGUGGAGGGGGAGGAGCCCCUGGAGAGCUCAUCAUCAACUGGACUCCCAUGUCACGGGAGUACCAGAACGGAGACGGCUUCGGCUACCUGCUGUCCUUCCGCAGGCAAGGCAGCUCCAGCUGGCAGACCGCCCGGGUGCCUGGCGCUGAUGCCCAGUACUUCGUCUACAGCAAUGACAGCAUCCAGCCCUACACACCCUUUGAGGUCAAGAUCCGAAGCUACAAUCGCCGGGGGGAUGGGCCCGAGAGCCUCACUGCGUUAGUGUACUCAGCAGAGGAAGAGCCCAGGGUGGCCCCUGCCAAGGUCUGGGCCAAGGGGUCCUCAUCCUCAGAGAUGAACGUGAGCUGGGAACCUGUGCUACAAGACAUGAACGGCAUUCUCCUGGGAUAUGAGAUUCGCUACUGGAAAGCCGGGGACAACGAAGCAGCCGCUGACCGAGUGAGGACAGCAGGGCUAGACACCAGUGCCCGAGUCACUGGCCUGAACCCCAACACCAAAUACCACGUAACCGUGAGGGCCUACAACCGGGCCGGCACUGGACCCGCUAGCCCUUCAGCUGAUGCCAUGACCGUAAAGCCCCCGCCACGGAGACCUCCUGGCAACAUCUCCUGGACUUUCUCAAGCUCCAGUCUCAGCCUUAAGUGGGACCCUGUGGUUCCUCUCCGAAAUGAAUCUACGGUCACUGGUUACAAGAUGCUGUAUCAGAAUGACUUGCACCCAACUCCUACGCUCCAUCUCACCAGCAAGAACUGGAUAGAAAUACCAGUACCCGAAGACAUUGGCCACGCUCUGGUACAGAUUCGAACCACAGGGCCUGGAGGGGAUGGGAUCCCAGCAGAAGUCCACAUUGUGAGAAAUGGAGGCACAAGCAUGAUGGUGGAGAGCGCCGCCGCCCGCCCUGCCCAUCCCGGACCUGCGUUCUCCUGCAUGGUGAUAUUGAUGCUCGCUGGCUACCAGAAGCUCUGAUCUCAACACUGCCCGCCACGCCCAAGCUGGACACCCACCCUAACAGACACAGCGGCUGACCACAGCCCCCCUCCAAAGGUGGUCCAACACUGUGCCUGAGUGUGGUUGGCUUAGACACCUACUCCCAACAGUACCCUUUAUGUAGGAGGUAGGAUAUUCCUAUUCUGCCACAGGAUAGAACCAUGCGAGGAAAUUUUCUUUAAGUCAAGAGGCACUGGGCAGUGACUUCCAUGAUAAUAGUACUAGGCCUAAUGCCUGGACCCCUUGGGGUCCUGGUCAAAAGGAACGGGCCUUUGAUUAAGCAGAUGGCCCUUUGGGGCCACAAGUGGGCACUGCCAUCUGAGAUCAGAGUACCAGGCCCAGCAGGAACAUGGGCAGCAGUGGGCUAUCGUUUUCCCUCUAUGAAGCAGAGGGACCUCUUCUAGUCCUCGCUGGAGAAGCACCAUGGUUAGUCCCAACAUGGUUUUCCAUGACACCCUGGCAGUCCCGCUUCCUCAGUAGCCAAGGACAAGGCCCUGGGUUACUGGGGAUAGAAGCUCAAAAGGGUUGAGAGGCUACCCCACCCAAUGGAAAGGGGCACCAGCCUAAGGCCCAUUCGCCAUCUUGGUGGCACUGCCCUCUCAGCCAGCACUGCCAAGCCAAUCCUGUCAUCCUCCAGAUGGAAUGGCGGAGUGACAGGGCCACUUCAGGUGGCUAUGUGACUAAAGGGCUUGCCUCGAGGAGUUGCCUUGCCUCAUCAAGAUGCUUCCUUCAUGGACCCUCCAGGGUACGGGCAGGAGAUGUCCAUCUGAAUGCUACUCUCUUCCCUUCAGCUCUGCUGCAAACUUGUGCCUGCCUCCACCUCCCACAACUGCAGGCCCCAGAAAUCAGCUCUCAACACAGCAUCCAUUCUUUGUCCUGGGAUAGAGAGGCAUCCGAGAAGGGCCAGCAUCAAAGUGGCCCUGCCUGCUUCCAGGAAUAUCCUCCAUCACCUGGCCACACCUGCUCCCCAGAACUGCCUGGACUACUCUCUUGAGUCCCCACAAGAAAAAGGGUUAAUAAGGGGGGGUGGCCUGACUUGAGUUCUGGGUAGUUACCAGGGAUAGACCAGACUACGGGAGCUGAAGAAGCCUUAUAACUUGACUUAUCCGUACCCUACACUUAACAGACGAGGAAAUGGAGGUGCAGAAAGGGUUAGGGACUUCAUGGGGGUCACAUGGUCUGUAAGGACAAGGCAUGGUCAGCACAGGUCUCCUCCCCACCUGUGGGAGGCUCUGUAGAGGGAGGGAGGAUGUUGAGCAGUCACAGUCUGUCCUCUAGGACUCUGGAGGAGGAGCCCUCUGCUUCAAGAGGUUCUGGCUGGUGAGAUGGACGAAUGAGCUCUGACCAAGGCACAAGCAGAUUCCAGGAGUCAAUGGCCUGGGGCAGCCUUCUGCUGGGAACUCCGCAGGGAGCACUGGCUGGAAGCCUCUCAGGCUCGCUCAUUUCAAGAAGAGGCCAAAGCAAGGACAGAGUUCCUUAGACCAGGACCCAGCAGCAGCACGACCAGAAAACCCCAGUGUCCACGCCCUCAGCCCACGGGAGCAGAGCAGGCAUUUCAAGAUGCACUUGCCCUGCUGCUCCUUAGGCCAUUUCUGUAGUUUACAGUUAGAGCUCUAUUUUGUUAUGGGUUUUUAAACUUCAAGCCUUGCUCUGUUUUUCUGGGCGGGUUUAUGUUAUGUAUUUACCCACUACAAUUUUUUAAAGAUGUACACUCACGUACCUUUCCCCUACCACCUCCA